AUGUCCGGCAGUGUGACUGAAAAAUUGAAAGAGGGUGGAAGACAAAUAACAGCUGGUGGUUCAGCUGGUAGGUUAUUCUUGAUUAACAAAAGUAGAAGAUUAAUAGUCAAAUUUGGAUAAAUUUAGGAUUGGUGGAAGUAUGUUUGAUGUAUCCAUUGGAUGUGGUAAAGACACGUUUGCAAUUGGGUAAUCAUGAUAAGGGUAUGGUGGAUUGCUUUGUGAAGACUUAUAAAGUUGAAGGAAUUGGUGGAUUUUACAAGGUAAAUUAUUUGAUUUGAAAAAUAUUUGGGAAUAUAUCUUCUGAAAAAUUCCAAGCCUUUUUCAAAAACUUGAAAACAUUUUGAUCAUUUCAAAAGCUUACAAUUAGGUAUGAUAUUUUUGAGCUCUGAUAUUUCAAAGAUUUGUAGUUGAGUCAUAUGAUUCUUGAUUUCACCUAUUUUUCUGGAGAUUCAUGAAAAUUUCAAUUUCAAUUUGAUUUGAAAACUAUCAAAGAAUAUGUGAAGAAUGCAAAUUAUGAAAAUAGGUAAUAUUAAAAAAUCAACAGUAAAGGCUUGAAACUGAACCAUUCUUCAAAAAUAAUAACCACUCAAAAACCAACAAGUUUAUCAGGGAAUUCUGCCACCGAUUCUCGCUGAAACACCCAAACGCGCAACAAAAUUCUUCACGUUUGAACAAUACAAAACAAUGUUCACACAUUCCGAUAUUCCAAUGCCACUAACAAUGUCAUUCGCUGGAUUAUUUUCCGGACUUACAGAAGCUUUUGUGAUUUGUCCAUUUGAAACAGUGAAAGUUAGACUGCAAGCAGACCGAAAAUCUACAGCGGGACAGGUAGUUUUUAUAAAAUAUUAUUUGUUAAAAAAAUAAUAAAUCAUUUUUCUAGCAGCGAAGCACGGCAUCAAUGGCUCGUGAAAUUUACAGAACUGAAGGUUUUGGAACUUCAGGACUUUAUCGAGGACUUGGGGCUACUCUAGGAAGACAUGGAGCUUGGAAUAUGGUAUAUUUCGGAUUAUAUCAUAGUUGUAAAGAGAUUAUUCCAGAUGCCAAGGUAUGUUUUUAUAUGAAUUGAAAUUGAAAAAAGCAUCUUUUGCUUUACAGCAAAACCCCACUGCCAAUCUAUUGGGACGAAUUGGUCUAGGUUUCACCGCAGGAUCUCUUGCGUCAAUUUUCAAUAUUCCAUUUGACGUAGCAAAAAGUCGUAUUCAAGGUCCACAGCCAGAUCCAUUGAUUAGAAAAUAUAAUGGAACUUUCCAAUCGAUUGCACUGGUUUAUAAAGAAGAAGGGUGAGAAAAAUAUUUAUUUCGGUUAGAAUCCAAUAUUGGGAUUGUUUCCAGAUUUGCUGCAUUAUACAAAGGACUUCUGCCAAAAGUUAUGCGACUCGGACCCGGUGGAGCAGUUAUGCUUAUUGUGUACGAUGAGGUUUAUGCAUUUUUAAAAAAGACUACUUAA